AUGCCGCCAGCAACUCGAAAUCAGUACACUCGAGUGCGCAACAAUAUCGCGCAAGCUCACAAACCAAUCCAUUUUGGCGGCUCAAAAAUCACCAAACCACGCGCUCUCGUUCAAAAAAACGAAAAGCCUGCCUUGCUUGUCCGGUCUAUCACGCAACAAGAGAGGAAAAUAGCCUCCUGCAAACCGACAAAUGCGCAACAAAACGUAUCCAAAUCUCUGAAAGCAUUCACACCCAUUGAGCUUCGCGCUCGCAGUAUUACUGAUUCACAAAUCAAGGCAUAUUGGAAGCUUCAGGAACAGACGCGCAUCGCGCCAUCCGCACACCAAGCCGAAAUGGGAACUGACCUAAAAAUCUUGAGGCUAUUCGACACGAGCUCGCAAUAUGGGCCCUGCAUAGGUAUUUCGCGCUCCGCCAGAUGGCUAAGGGCAAAUAGACUGGGUCUAUCUCCACCUAUCGAGGUAUUGGCCGUUCUUCUGAAGGGAGCUGAUACCAAGGGGGACCGAAUUGAGAGGGCACAUAUCGAUGAGCUGAUGAUUUCCUAG